UGGCAACACUGUUACCAUCAGCCAACAAAAACUACACUCUACAGCCUGGAGAAAAAUCAAAUAAUUUUGCGAUUUACUUACGUUUCGUAACUAAAUGUUUUCUAUAUCCCCAAGAAAAAUUAAUUUUCAAUUACAUAAGUGUAAAAUUUCCUAUAUCUAAUCGUUUAUAUUAUCAGCAUGGCCGAUCAAACGAAAAUUCAUGAUGAUAUAAAGCUGUAUACAACAUCAGAUAAGUUCUACUUAGAACCAACACUAAAUCCAACAGAGAUUUUAGUUAUUGAUAGAGUCUCAGGUGAAGCUCAUGUUAGAGAAAUAAAUUCAGUAAAAAUACCUAUCCCAGCAAGUGCUUAUAAACCAGUGUGUGGGUUUUUGGGCACAAUCAAAUUGAUUUCUGGAUUAUAUUUAGUUGUUGCUAAAUAUAGGAUAUUGGUGGGGCAAAUAAAUGGACAUGAUAUAUAUGAAUUGGCUGGAUCAGAUAUCAUACCUUAUGCUAGAUCAACAACACAUCUUACUAGUAAACAGAUAGAUGAUAACAACACAUAUGAACGCCUGCUACGUGCAGCCCUUGAAGCCCCCGGAAUAUAUUUCUCAUACAGCUAUGACCUCACUCACACAAUGCAGAGACUACAUUCUGUUUCACCAGAUUUUCACAAGAUGUCACUUGCAAGUCGUGCUGACCCUCGCUUUGUUUGGAAUGGACACCUUUUGAAGGGAUAUUCCCAACAAAUGUUUGCUAGAUUCAACUUGCCAAUUAUGCAUGGAUUUAUUGCAAUAAACCGUGUGAUGAUAAGCGGGCACCAGCUCACAUGGACUCUUGUGUCGAGACGCAGCGUUGACAGAGCUGGCACCAGAUUGUUUAUGCGUGGAAUCGAUACUCAAGGCAACGUAGCAAACUUCGUAGAAACAGAACAGGUAGUCGAAAGAGGAGGUGAGAAGUCCUCGUUCGUUCAAACCCGAGGGUCCAUUCCGUUAUACUGGAGUCAGUACCCCGAUCUAAAAUAUAAGCCCGCGAUGUCUCUGGCCGUCGAAGACCACGUGGCGGCUUACUCCAAGCACUUGAGGGAUCAGCUGCAGAGGUACGGGAAUCAAGUGUUGCUGAAUCUGAUCGACAAACGCGGUAAAGAAGAGUUGUUAGAGCUGGGUUAUCGUGCGGCUGUGGCGGCGGCGGCUUUGCCCGGAGUGCGGUACGAACCCUUCGACUUCCACGCGGAGUGUCGAGGGAUGCGCUACGAUAGAUUGUCUGUCUUGCUCGAUAGAGUUGCGCACGAGCAGACAGAAUUCGGGUACUUCCUCUGUCGAGGGGAGACGGUGCUGCUCCGACAGACCGGCGUGUUCCGAACCAAUUGCGUGGACUGCCUGGACAGGACCAAUGUGGUGCAAAGUCUGUUGGCCAAGAGGCACUUGUCGGCUCUGCUGAAGCUGCUGACUAUUACCAAUGACGAUGAACUCGUUCCGCACUUCGAUGCGCUCUUUCGUGGCGUUUGGGCCGACCACGCCGACAUGAUAUCGGUGCAGUACUCCGGGACGGGCGCUUUGAAGACCGACUUCACUCGCACGGGGAAACGCACGCGCCUGGGCCUCGUGCGGGACGGAAUUAAUUCCCUCACGCGGUACUAUAAGAACAACUUUAGUGACGGAUUUAGACAGGAUUCAAUAGACCUACUUCUGGGUAAAUACGUUGUUGUCGACGGCGAGGGCAACACUGUGCAGUGUCCCCUGAGACGGGACAGGAACUGGAAGUACGUUACUUUCCCUUCAGUGCUCCUGGUAGCGGUGUCGAUGUUCUGCGCGAGCGCAGCGUUGCCGGCUCGCUCCAACACGGAAGUGCUGCUCUACCUCAUGUUCUGGGGGGCCGCCGUGGGGGCCACGCUCAGGUUCAUAUUCAAACACGGCAAGGAAUUCGUUGACUGGCCCCGCUUGGACUGCGGCGGGAUCGCGUCUCGUCCCGGGCCCGAGUCGUCCUUAUGAUCGCGGAAUAUCCGCUCGUAGUUGUCGUCUAAACACUUCGUUGCCGCUCCUCACGUACCACACCGAUGAUCAAACGUGGCCGCGCUGACAAUAGUUAACACACGCGCUAAUAAAAUGGACGGAUGCAGUAUAUAAACCGAUGAAUGGAAAUAAUAUUGACGCCAAACGGUAAGAAAUGGUCGUUCAUCAAGAAUAUAAUGCAGGAAAUCGUCUCCGACUACGUCUGUUUGUGAGUCGUAUUAAGUAAUACAUUAUUUUCAAUGAGUUUUUUAUAUGGCAAACCUUAGGAUCAGUGUGGUAUGUGUAAUAUUGAACCGUAUAGUCCAUAUUUUACUAUAAGAUGUUAAAUUGUUUGAUCUAUGGCUGUAAAUUUUGCUUAAACUGCAUUCCAUUACAACAUAUUUAUAAAUUUUUAGGCUUAUUACAUUCGAUUUUCCGCCUUUCUAAUGGAAAUGAAGUAACAAAUUUAUUAAUAUUUUAACAACGAGCCAAUUUUGUAUUUUUGACUAUGUAUUAGAUCAUUUUUUUAAAUUCUUAUUAGCUAGCAAAGUUUUUGGAAUCUAUAUAAUAAAUUUAUGAUAUGUUUUGUCAAUAAAGACAGAUUUGAACCGAAGUGAUCACAAACAAUGUAGUAAAAUUGACAAUUGUCAAAAGAUUUUAAUGACAUAUUUUCUCCAAAUUCUUCGCUAAUUCAUUCCUGGUUUGUAAAGUGAUUAGACGGGACGAGCGGAUGGUUAUAUCUAUAGGAAUAACAUUGGAUUGAAUUUAACUUUAAAAACUAACGAAAACCCAAGUCGGUCGGUACAUGUCCAUAUAGAUCCUUUUUUAUUGAUAAAAGUUCUUUGGUGAAUUGGGGUUUCUUUAUGGACAGUGUGCACAUAAUAUUUUACAAAUCGAAUCAGAAUUUAUACAAUGUUAUUUCCUAGAUAUUGAUGUGUAUUUUUUUAAGAUUUUGUAAUUUCGGAUCAAACCUCGACGAGUCUAUGUGAAUUAUUUAAUUGUUGUAUUUAAUUUGUGAAGGAAUAUUUUAAUAAAUAUCAUUAUUUAUAUUGU